UUUUUUUAAAUAUAUACAACAUGAUUUUCAAUUCUGAAAUCUCUGGCCAAUAUGAACAUACAACAUCUCCGGUUGUAACAGGAGGUAGUGUAAUUGCUUUGGUUUACAAUGGAGGAGUAUUAGUUGGGACAGAUACUCUUUGUAGUUAUGGAAGCAUGGCAGCAUUCAAGUAUAAAAUAAGUAUAAUUGAAAUAGAAAUGUCUAAAAGAUUGCUUAAAUAUCCUAAAACACAAUUUAUGUAUCGAGUGGUGAAUUUUCUGAUUUCUAACAAGUUGUGAAAGAAUUAGCAAAAAUUGAUAGAUCAGCUUUAUAAUAUGAUGAUGGAGUUCAUCCUUCUCCAAAAGAUUAUGGUAAUUAUUUGGCAAGACUUUCUUAUAAAAAAAGAUGCAAAAUAAAUCCUUUAUAUUUAUAGAAUGUCAUAGCUGUAUAAAAUGAUUGUAAAUAUUUAGGGAUUUCAUAAUAAUGAUAGAUAUUUAGCACUUGUUGAUAUAUAUGGUACUUAUUUAGAAUCAAAAUUCAUAACGACUGGAUUUGCAAGUUAUUUCUGCAAAGCUAUAAUAAGCAAUUAUUGGAAUGAGAAUUGCUCUCUUGAUUAGGCUAAAUAAGUAAUAAGAGAAUGUUUCAAAGUAAUAAUGAAUUCAAUGAAAAUAGGUUUUAUUCUGUAGAGAUUGCAGAGCUCAUGAUGUUAUUUAAUUGGCAUAUGUUGAUGCUUAAGGUACACAUAUAGAAGAGCCAGAAAGAGUAGAAACAAAAUGGGACUUUAAUGGAUUUAAAUAAAGGGCUAAUGAGAAAUUACACACAUAAUGAAC